CGCGGCGGCGGAAGCGCGGCGCUUCCGGGGCGAUGGCGGCCGGCGGCAGCGCGAGCCGCGCGGAGCGGAAGGCGGCGGCGCGCGCCGAGCUCCUGCAGCAGGAGGAGCAGCGGGACCGGCGGAGACAGGUGUCCCGCAUCUGGAGGAAGCCGCCGGCGGAGCGGAGCCCCGAGGAGUGCCAAGUGCUGGGCGAGAGCGACGACAUCGUCCGCGAGCUGGAGCGGCGCCGCAAGCGGCGAGAGCGGCUCCGCCGGCGGCAGGAGGAGGUGUGUGACGAACCAGAGGAGUUAAGGAGAAAGGCCACUGAGCUGGCUGCUGCCAUCCGCAGCGCCAAGCACCUCGUUAUCUACACGGGAGCCGGGAUCAGUACGGCAGCUUCAAUCCCAGACUACAGAGGCCCUAAUGGCAUAUGGACGUUGCUGCAGAAGGGCAGGAGCAUCAGGGCCACAGAUCUGAGCGAGGCAGAGCCCACGCUCACCCACAUGAGCAUCGCCUGCCUGCACAAGCAUAACCUGGUGCAGCAUGUGGUGUCUCAAAACUGUGAUGGGCUGCACCUGCGGAGCGGGUUACCCCGAGCAGCAAUAUCUGAGCUUCAUGGAAACAUGUACAUAGAGGUCUGCACUUCCUGUACACCCAACAGAGAGUACGUGCGAGUAUUCGACGUGACAGAGCGCACAGCCCUGCACAGGCAUCACACUGGCAGGAUGUGCCACAAGUGUGGGGCACAGUUGAGAGAUACAAUCGUCCACUUUGGGGAGAAGGGGACGUUGAGGCAGCCCCUGAACUGGGAGGCAGCAACAGAAGCUGCAAGCAAAGCAGAUGUGAUUCUUUGUCUGGGUUCCAGCUUAAAGGUUCUGAAAAAAUACCCCCACCUUUGGUGCAUGAGCAAGCCGCCGCCCCGGCGCCCCAAGCUGUACAUCGUGAACCUGCAGUGGACUCCCAAGGACGACCUGGCCGCCCUGAAGCUGCACGGCCGCUGCGACGACGUGAUGCGGCUGGUGAUGGCGGAGCUGGGGCUGGACAUCCCGCGCUACGACCGGGUGCGGGACCCCAUCUUCGCGCUGGCCGAGCCGCUGCGCCCCGGUGAGGAGGGGACGCACUCGCGGAAGCCGGUGGCCCCGCCGCCGGGCGCCGAGGAGCCGCCGCGGAGCGAGGAGGCGCCGCGGGAGCAGCCGGGGGCGCCGGGCCGGGCCGGGGGGUGGCUGGGCCGCGGCUGCGCCAAGGGCGCCCGGCGCAGGAAGAGCUGAGCGCGGGCGGGGCCGCGCCCCAAGAUGGCGGCGGGGCGGGCGCGGGGCGGGGCGGGGCGGGCGGCCGAGGCUCCGGUAGCUCGGCCGCGGGCGCGCGGCGCCGCCGGUGACAGCGCGGCCAUGCUGCGCAACGGGGCGGCGGGCGGCGGCCCCGCGGCGGGCGGCAGGGCGGCGGCGCGGCCUGUGCGCGUCUGGUGCGACGGAUG